UAUCCAUCCUCGAAUUUCCUUUUCUGGUUCUAAUUGUCUAAUUUUUUUCUUCCUUGUUGCUUUUCGUAUUUCCUCUCUCUUUGCUCUGUACGAGAUAGAUAGCGAACAUCACACUGCGGUUCAUAAUCAGACCUUGGAGAAUCAUAUACCUCUUUUCCCUUCCCAUACAAUAAUCAACUUCUUUCACAAUGCCUGAAAAGGUCUACGUCUCAUAUAAUCAGGUGCACAAGCUGUGCCAAAGAUCCGCCGACAAGAUCCUCGAGGAAUUCCGUCCGAAUCUCAUGAUCGCAAUCGGUGGUGGUGGUUUCAUUCCCGCUCGAAUCCUCCGAUCAUUCUUGAAACGUCCCGGCGAACCCAACAUCCCCAUUCAAGCGAUCGGUCUUUCUCUUUACGAGAACCUAGGUCGCGAUGACCCCGAAGAAGUCCCCGGUACCAAGGUUACGCGCACACAAUGGCUGGAUCUGAGUUCAUUGGAAAUGGCCAAUUUGAUUGGAAAGAACAUUUUGAUUGUGGACGAGGUGGACGAUACGCGUACUACACUUGAUUAUGCCGUUCGCGAGUUGGAGAAGGAUGUCGAGCAAGCUCAGAAGAGUUUGGGUCGGGAGGGUGAAAAGACUACCUUUUCGAUUUUUGUUUUGCACAAUAAGGACAAGUCAAAGAAAGGAAAACUGCCGGAGGAUAUGAUUGCCGCUGGCCGGUAUCAUGCCGCUGUUACAACUGGUGAUGUUUGGAUUUGCUAUCCAUGGGAAGCCAAGGACAUUGACGAACACGACGAAUUGGCAAAGAAAUUCCCACUCAUCUAAAGCGAUUACUCCGGUCAACACCCUGAUGCAUUACGUCUCACUCCUACAACAUUACAACUGGUGGCGUUAAUUACAUUUUCUUAUCAAAAGCUUCGUUGCAGCGGUCUUCUUUCCUCUUAGCUUCUCGCUUGUAUAGACGUCAGAAUACGAUAUAAUCCCAGAAUUAGAAAAUAUGUCUUGUCUGCGACUAUUGAAGUUUGAAUAUGUACAUUUACAAUUACUCAAGUUGAGGACUUCCAGCAAUUGUCCCCUCGAAUGUUAGCUCACUAAAGCAAUACAACACUCAGAGCAACUCCUACCGAGUAUACCAGGAACCGGUCCAUAAAUCCAAACCUUCAUUCAAAAACUAUUUUAAAAGAUAACUUGCGAAUGCAAAAAUGAUAUCCCCGUAUCCUAGCGAAUUAAUCCACAUCAACAUUUGCCUUGCGCAACUCAAUUUUUGCCUGUUCAAUCUCC